AUGGUCGGUGACAGCCAAGUGGACAAAUAUCGGAAAUUGAUUGACCUCUAUCAUAUUUUGACGAUUGGGUCUUCAGUCAUAUUCGUGCAGAAACGCGACACAGCAUACGAGAUUCAGAGGCGAAUGGAAGCGGAUGGGCACAAGGUUGCUACCCUCCACAGUGCAGAGGAAGGCCCGGAUCGGGACAAGGUCGUCCGUGCUUUCCGUUCUGGAAAAUCCAAAGUCCUAAUCGCUACCGAUUUGUUGGCGCGCGGCAUCGAUGUGGCCACCGUCUCGAUGGUGGUCAAUUACAGCCUCCCUCUCCGUAACAACCGCCGGUUGGACCCGGUCACGUAUUUUCACCGUAUCGGACGCACUGGGCGAUUCGGACGUGUGGGUGUGGCGAUCACGUUCGCUCAUGACAAGCAGAGCCUGAGCGAGGUGGGGGAGAUAUCAAAUCACUUUGGUGUCUGUAUUACCCGGGUUCCGACCCAUGACAUUGAAGUAUGUUCCUUCUAG